AUGUCCGACGUUUCCAGUCCUACGAAACCAAAGUCAAAGACCUACAAGGGUUCGUGUCACUGCGGGAAAGUCAAAUUCUCCAUGAAGCUCUCUCCUCCUGUCGAGGAUGGGUCAGUGACCUGCUGCAAUUGCUCCAUCUGCCACAUCAACGGCUAUCUGAUGGUGUACCCGCUCGAAACCAACAUCACAUGGGAGAGCGGGUUUGACGACAUGACCACUUACACGUUCGGACAGAAAAGAAUCGCUCAUACGUUCUGCCCGACCUGCGGGACUAGUAUUGGUGGGAAGAGCAUCGAUCCCAACUUCUUUGCCGACAAUCGUGCCAUCAAUGUGCGCGUCCUUAAAGACGUUGACAUCGACAGCUUGACACUGAGGAAAGUAGACGGCAGCUCCCACUAA